GUUGACGUAGUGUUAAACAUGGCGGCGCAGUCGCUGUAUUUUGGCUGGCUCUUUGUGGUAUUCUUUUGCUUCAAACACAAUCAGUGUGAACCAUUUCAAGCUCCAAGUUAUACCAUUGACCUCGAUCUUGCUCCAGAAGAAAGAUGGCUCAAUAUUACUCAGAAAUACCUAAAGUUCACCCCGAAGAUUUUAGCAGAUAUGCGAAAGAAAAUUCCACCUUUUGUAAUGCCGCUUGCAGAAAGGCUUGCUCCCGUCAUUGCUGAACAUUUCCCCGAGGAAUACAGCAGAGAAAUGAUGGGAAUAUCAAAAGGACUAAACAUAAGUCUUCCAGACACAAUAAUUCUCAACAUUUUAUACGACAUAACAGCUUUUUGCACGAGUAUUGUUGCACAAGGCAAGGAUGGAAGCGUUUUUCACGGAAGAAACCUGGAUUAUGCCUUUUCAGAUACACUGCGAGAUAUAACCUUCAUAUCCAACUUCAAAAGCAAAGGUAAGGUUGUGUACACUGGUGUAACAUUUGCUGGCCAAGUUGGUCUUUUGACUGCACAGAGACCAAACAGCGUCACCAUUAGUUUGGAUGAGAGAGACCGAGGCCAUAUAUGGGAUAACGUCUUUGAAGCUAUCUUUAAUAAAAAUGCAAUACCUGUCACAUUUCUGAUUCGAGAUGUGGUCAGCACAGAAGGAAUCGACUUUACUCAAGCUGUGAAGAAGCUAUCUGAAGUGUCCUUAAUAGCUGAUGGGUACUUGAUUGUGGGAGGAGUUCAAGUCGGAGAAGGUGCCGUGGUAACACGAAACAGAGAAAGUACUGCUGACAUCUGGAAGCUGAGUGAAGAUGCCGCUAAGAAACCGUGGUACCUUGUAGAGACCAAUUAUGACCAUUGGACCACACCCCCUCCAUCAGAUGAUCGCCGCCACCCGGCUGAGAAAGCAUUGCAAAAGUUGACUCAGGCAAAGCUCGCUCCAGAUUCACUGUUCGGUGUGAUGUCCAUCCACCCUGUACUGAAUAAUAAGACGGUCUACACGACUAUUAUGCAAGCAAAAAAGGCUGAUGUUUUCAACACUUGGAUUCAGAAGCCGUAACACAAUGAUCCUGUGUUGUUUGGUGAACCUCUUAUUUUCUUGGAGAUAAUUCGUGCGUAGUAGCAAAUAAAAGGUAUGCCACGUCGUGCACCUACCAGUAAUAGUAGAAAAAGAGGAAGAAAACAAAUUGCUAAAAAACGUAAAUGGGAGACAAGUUAGAUCUCAUAAAUUUAAAGAAAGAUGAUGCAAUCUUUUUUGUUAACUUAUAUUAGACAAAAAAAAAGUGAAAGAAAAAAAACUGUUUCUCGAGUAACGAGGAAAGUAGCCUCCCCAAUAUGGAUAACACAGUUUUAACAAUAGCAAAUUUCUUAUCCAACUAUUCCCCGUAGAGUACAAAUAACGGCCAAGACGAGUACUAGUAUCACGCGAUAUUUGUACUCCAGUGAACCCGUUAGACAGGUUUUCUCGCAUCACGCAAGCAACGAAUUGGAUUGAAGUUACUAAAAAUAAUGGCGGAUAAUUUAAAUCAUUUUUCUGACGAAGGG